UGUUGAAAACAUUUCAACAGAGUUUUCAACGUUGCUAACAACGUUGAUUGCAAGUUGCAAUUUCCGUGACGUAUUGUUUUUAGUGUUGAUACGUUUUCAACGUUAAAUUUUUUGCCAACUGUAAAACAGUGAAAGUAGUUCAAACAGUUCGUAAUAUUACUAAAAUUCGCGGGUAGUAGUCACAUCUCUGGUAGUUCUACGUACUUCUAACCUAAUAGAAAUCAAACCCAAAAUUUUUUCGUUUUGUAGUUUAUAAGUGUUAAUAUGAAUAGAAAGAAGACUAGCAAGUCUCAGUUUAAAAUAUAUUUAUCAUAUUUAAAGAGGCAUGAUAUAUUAAUAACAGGAAAGUUGACUCCAUCCACAAACACGGAGGGCCUAAAACAAAUUUGGAAUGAAAUGGUCGCCAAUCUUAAUAGUUGUGGGGAUGGUCCUGUGAGGAAUAUAGAGGGAUGGAAAAAGGUAUUUCGAGAAUGGAAAUGUAUUAUUAGAAAAAAAGCGAGAGAAGGAAAAGAGUUAAACGAAAUUGAGCACGAACUAAUUCGAUUAACGGGCGAAAUUGCUGUUACCGGAUUAGAUCAUGUUGAAUUGGGCAUUACUGAGGGCAUUAGCAAUGAAGGUGAAACUGCAGAAGCUUCUCCAGAUGUUGAUUUCGACAUUGAAAAUUUAGAGGUAGUGCAAGAGGAUGAAGAGCGAUUAUCUGAUGAAAAUCUACAGCCCACAUUACAUAAAGAAAAUGCAAAUGCUGCUCUGCCGUCUACCUCUCAAAAAAAACGUAAAAAAUGUACGGAAAAUCCCUUACUGAAAGCCUAUGUGAAUGCGCAAGAUGAAGCAAGAGAUGGCAUGACAGAUAUUGCAAAUGCUUUAAAUAAUAUAGCAGCAUCAAUAAACAGAUUUUGUGAUGUGUAUGAAAGAGUAAAUCUUGAUAUGUAAAUUUAUUAUGUACUUACAUUUAAGGGUUGUGUAAUACAUUUUUUUUUGAGGAAAUAUUAAAAGGACUACCAAAGAACAAUAUAAAGUUUAUUUAACUUAUCUUCAAAAAAAUAAACAUACUUUACAAAUACCUAAAGAAGAUUUCCAAGUGAUGUGUCUGGAACUGAACUCCAUUGAUGGACCAAAAAAGACUAUUCAUGAAUGGCAGCAGACAUUUUAUGAAUGGAGUAGUCGAACAAAAAAAAAAGCUCGAGAUAAUUUAAGAUACAUGAUGGAGACUGGAGGAGAACCUGGACUUGACAAUUAUUUAAAUGACAUCGAAGAAUUACUGAUAAGCAUACUGAAGUGGGUUACAAUCAAUGGCAUGAAUGUAAGUGAACUAGGCGUUUAUAAGUCUAAGACUGUGUGUACCAAAGUAAGGAAAGAGAUGCAUCAAAAGAAAAUGACUAUUUCUGUGGCACCAAAUACAAGAAAACGACCUAGACUUCUUCAGAAGCGUAUUAUGCAUACUUUUGAUCUUAAACAAAAGUUGUAUUUGCAAUCCAUCAAGGAAUUAAGAACUGCCAUUAUAAAUUUGUUUACUUCCAUUGAUAGAGUAAGUAAUUUAUACAUGAAUAUGCAUAUUAAUGAUUAAGUAACUGUAACUAUUAAUUAAAAUACAUCCGCACUAUUCUAGUUCGUACUUGUUCACCCUGAUACCUCUCAUGUCCAUUUUGUAGCUGUUGCUGAUCAUGUUCAUCUUGUACAUAUUCAUCUUCUGGAACAUCUAAAGGUAAAAUAUGAAUUAACAUUUGACUUCAUCAGCAUUCGGCAUUACCAUCAAUUAAAGCUUGAUCUCCAUGCAAUAUACACAUAUUGUGUAAAACAGCACAACUAUUUACUAUUUUAGCUGCAACUGGUGGGCUGUAAUGCAAAACUCGGUGUUUAAGGAGACACCGAAAUCUUGUUUUAAGAACUCCGUUCAACCUUUCGAUCACAUUUCUUACACUUCUAUGUGCAAUAUUAUAAGCACGUUUUGCAUCUGUAUCAGGAGCUGUUAUGGGUGUCAUCAGCCAUGGUUCGAGUGGAUACCCAGAAUCGCCUUCAACAAAACUUUGUAUAGAUUCCCCAUACAUGUACAGUGAUUAUAAUACCAAGUAAAUAGGAGGUAUGGCCUGCUUGAUAACUAUUAUAUAAAUUUUGUCGUAUUUGGCUUGUGCCCCAAAUAGCUGCAUCAUGAACUGAUCCGGGAUAACGAGCAUUUAAUGCUAAUAUUUUUAAAUUUGCAUCACAUAUCUGUCACAAAAUUAUUUUGUUUUCAAAUCAGAUUAAAAAGCUAUGAAUACCU